CCGUUUUCUCUUAGUUAUAUAGCAAACGAAACGAGCUUACGGCAAGAGCAUAAUAAGCUCCUCCGUGUCCGUGUAGUACGUAAGUGAGCCCGGCAAAAAUGGCGAUUUCCACACGCAUGGCACUCCUGCUCACGGUUUGCUGCUUCGUGCCCGUCCCGUCCUUCGCUUCCUCCGGGGGCGGCGGCUUCCUCCAGUGCCUCUCGGCGAGCCUCCCCAGGGAACUCGUCCUCUCGCAGGACUCGCCGUCGUUCGGAUCGGUCCUGUUGUCAUCCAUCAGGAACCCCAAGUUCUCCACCCCGGCGACGGUGCGCCCGCUCUGCAUCGUGACGCCCACCAACGCCUCGCACGUCCAGGCCGCCGUGCUCUGCGGCGUCCGCCACGGCGUGCGCGUCCGCGUGCGCAGCGGCGGGCACGACUACGAGGGCCUCUCGUACCGGUCCGAGCGCCCCGAGGCGUUCGCCGUGGUCGACCUGGCCCGCCUCCGCGCCGUGCGCAUCGACAGUGCCGCGGCCACCGCGUGGGUGGACUCCGGAGCCACGGUCGGGGAGCUCUACUACGCCGUGGCCAAGGCGGCGCCAGGGCUCGCGUUCCCGGCAGGCGUGUGCGCCAGCAUCGGCGUGGGCGGGCACUUGAGCGGCGGCGGGAUCGGCAUGAUGAUGCGCAAGUACGGGCUCUCCUCCGACAACGUCAUCGACGCCACGAUCGUCGACGCCCGCGGCAGGAUUCUCGACAAGGACUCCAUGGGGGAUGACCUCUUCUGGGCCAUCCGUGGCGGCGGCGGCGGGAGCUUCGGCAUCGUGCUGUCGUGGAAGGUGCGGCUCGUGCCGGUCCCACCGACAGUGACGUUCUUCAACAUCCAGAAGACCGUGGACCAGGGCGCGGUCAAAGCCGUGACCAGAUGGCAGACGGUGGCGCCCGCACUCCCCGAGGAUCUCAGCAUACGGGUGAUCGUGCAGCCACGGCAGGCCCUGUUCCAGUCCCUGUAUCUCGGCAACUGCAGCGCGCUCCUGCGGACGAUGAGCAGCGAGUUCCCCGAGCUCGGCAUGAUGCGCGCCGACUGCCGGGAGAUGACCUGGCUGCAGUCCACGGUGUACAUCAACUCCGGCGACCUCAAAACGCCGUUGGAGUCGCUCCUCAACCGGACGACCAGCCUGAGCACAUUCACCAAGAACAAGUCCGACUACGUCAAGGAAGCCAUAACAGAGGAUUCAUGGGAAGAGAUCUUCCCCUGGUUCAACAGAACUUCCGCGGGGAUCAUCAUCCUGGAGCCUCACGGCGGGAGAGUCGGCAGCAUCGCCGACGCCGACACGCCGUACCCGCACCGGAGCGGCGUCCUCUACAACAUCCAGUACGUCGCGUUCUGGACGCGCAGCGGGGCGACGGACGCGACGAACUGGAUCAGUGGCCUGUACGACUUCAUGGAGCCGCUGGUGAGCAAGGACCCGAGGGGCGCGUACGUGAACUACCGGGACCUGGACAUCGGCGAGAACACGGUGGUCGGCGGCGUCACGAGCUACGACAGCGGCAAGGUGUGGGGCGAGAAGUACUUCGGGGGGAACUUCGAGAGGCUCGCCAUCACCAAGGGGGAGGUGGACGCCGGUGACUACUUCCGGAACGAGCAGAGCGUGCCGCCGCUUGUCUCCAGGAAGUGAGCAGGACUGUCACCUGGCAAAGCUAAUUUAAGGAGAUAGGUCUGGCAGUGGUUUUUAAAGAUGGUUGGUAAUUUCAGUAAAUAGACAGACCCUUGGUCGUUAUACUAUUUGUUUCUCUUGGAACUGGUUAUAGGCGAAGUAUCCGGUGAAAACCGUUUCUAUGAUGCAAACUGUGAAAACUCCAUUGAAAAAA